AUGGCGUCAAUACGAGUGCCCCCCUCGGCCGCUAAUAGAGCCCUCAAUCUCCUGCGCACAGUGCAAUACACCCAUCCUCCCUCCUGUCCCUGCCACUCCAAUCCCAAUCACCACCAUCGGCAGACGAACCAUGUGCGUCGUCUGGCCACUCCCGUGGAUCCCUCGCGCCAGAAAGAGUACGCCUUUGAGAUGGCCGCCUCGAGUAUCCGGUUCGGGCCCGGCGCGACCAAGGAGGUGGGGAUGGAUUUUGCCAAUAUGAAGGCGAAGCGCGUGUGCAUCGUGACCGACCAGAACGUGGCCAAGCUGGAUGCCAUGAAACACGCGGUGGAGGGGCUGACAAAAGAGGGGAUCGAGUUUACGGUUUAUGACAAGGUGCGGGUGGAGCCAAAGGAUAGCUCGGUAAAAGAUGCCAUUGCGUUUGCAAAACCGUAUAACCCCGAUGCCUUUCUUGCUGUUGGCGGCGGCUCGGUCAUCGACACGGCAAAGCUGAUGAACCUGUACACCGUCUUCCCCGAGGCCGACUUCCUCGACUUUGUCAACGCCCCCCUGGGCAAAGGUCUCCCCGUCACCAAGGCCCUGCGGCCGCUGGUCGCCGUGCCCACGACCGCAGGAACCGGGUCCGAGACCACGGGCACCGCCAUCUUCGACCUCGUCGCGAAAAAGGCCAAGACGGGCAUCGCGCACCGCAACCUCAAGCCCACGCUGGGCAUCUGCGACCCGCUCAACACCCGCACCAUGCCCUCAGCCGUCCACGCCUCCUCGGGCCUCGACGUCCUCUGCCACUCGCUCGAGUCCUGGACCGCCAUCCCGUACCACGAGCGCACCCCGCGCCCCACCAACCCCAUCAACCGGCCCGCCUACCAGGGCGCCAACCCCAUCUCGGACAUCUUCUCGCUGCAGGCCCUGCGCAGCACCGUCAAGUACCUGCCCCGCGCCGUCCGGGACCCGGAUGACUUCGAGGCCCAGUCCCAGAUGCUCCUGGCCGCCACCCUGGCCGGCGUCGGCUUCGGCAACGCCGGCGUCCAUCUGUGCCACGGCAUGAGCUACCCGAUCUCCAGCCAGAACCCGGGGUACAAGCACGCGGGCUACGACGUCGACCAUCCCAUCAUCCCGCACGGCGUCUCCGUGGCCGUCACCGCGCCCGCCGUCUUCCGCUUCACGGCGGCCUCGAAUCCGGACCGGCACCUGGCGGCCGCCGAGGCCUUUGGCGUGGACAUCUCGAACGUCAAGCGCGAGAGCGCGGGCGAGGUGCUCGGCGAGGCGCUGGCCAACUUUUUGGUCCGGUUGGGCGACCAGCCGCGCGGGCUGAAGGAUCUGGGGUUUAAGCCCUCGGAUAUCGACUCGUUGGUCGAGGGGACCAUCCCGCAGAAGCGGGUGUUGAUGCUGGCGCCGAAUCUCAACGCCGAGCUGGACAAGGAGAGGGAGGAGCUGAGGGGGUUACUGGAGGAGUCGAUGGAAUAUUAG